AUGAACUCAACCACCCCUCCAGAAGACCCCCAAAACCAAACAGACCCCCCCACCAAAAUCCGCACCCUCCUCCGCGCCAAAGACGACACCUCCCGCUUCGUCGGGCUGGCCCUUCUCAAAUCCGUCCUCAACAACACCCCGGAUCUCCGCAGCAACCAUGACAUCCUCAUAUCCCUCUGGGAAGCCAUCCCACCCAAGUUCUUGGCCCGGCUGAUCAAGACGGGGUCGACGACAUCUGCGCGCAGGGAGCCGUCCAGCAAGGAGUCCUCACGCAGGGAAGCCAAUGAUAUGCUGGGCCUUGCCGUCUCGGUGCUGCAUACUUUUGCGUCGUUGUUAUCUGGGGAAGCGAGGCAGAGCCUCAAGUUUGUGGACAGGAUACCGCAGCUUGUGGGGUGUCUUUUGCAUAGUUCGGAUGAAACCACCAAACUAGCCCUCGAGACGCUGGUCAGUCUUGUCAGCCAGCCGGAGGGGGCCCGGGCAUUCACAGCCGUGGAAGACCUGACUCCCCUGACGGAGAUCGCCUCAUCACAGCCUCUCGCGCUGGAUGUGCUGCUCUACGCGUGGCUCAACGCCAUGGCUGCGGUCACGAACAGGGACAGCCUGAGGAGUAAGAUGGAUAGCACCAUCGGCAGUUUGGUUGUCUCUUUCAAGGGCACAGAUGCUGUCACGCUGCUUAGCUUUCUUGGGAAUUUGCUGCCCAAGCUCGAGGCUGAGAUCCUACCGUCAAACCCCAAAUGGCUUCCUUCCCUCGCAAGCUUCAUCCACAACCUCGUGGCCAGCCGUCCCACUUCAGCCGGCCGCGAAGCCUUCACCAACCUCUCCGCAGCCCUCCUCGAAGUCUACCCCUUCCACGCCCCCGCCCUCCUCUUCAGCAACCAAGAUACCAUCACCCCCAAACCAUUUUCGUCGUCUUCCUCCCACCCCUCAUCAUACCUCCUCAUCAACCUCCUCCAAGUCGACCUCCGCGCAACCCUACCCACUCUCCUCUCCCAACUCAACAACCCCACAACCUACCCACCCACCGCCCACCGCCUAACCUCCGCCUUCAACAUCACCUCCCACUUCACCGGCUACCUCCUCCGCUCUCUCGAGUCUUCUUCUGACACAACAACAACACUCUCCCUCGCCCCCGACCUCCUCCUAACCCUCCGCAAAUCCCUCUCCGAAACCCUCUCCCUCACCGCCGAGUUCCUGCGCGACCGCUGGGAUGCCUCGGUCGCUGGGGCUAUGGGUCUGCACCCUGAUGCGCGCGCGCCGGCCCCUUCGGCGUCUACCGCUUCUCACACCAGUGGUGUGAACGUGACAAGCGGAAGAGGCGUACUAGCGUGGGACUCCAUAACAACCAGCGUAGCCUCCGACCCGCUUGUGCUGGCCGCCGUGCGGUGUCUGGCGAUCUGGGUGAGGGAAGACGAUGGGGAGGUGCUGAGAAGGGAAGUGAGCGGGUUGGCGGAUUUGUUUGUGGAGUUGUAUCGGGGGAGCUGCAAUACCCCCAAUAACAACAACAAUAACAACGAUAACGAUAACAAGAACGGCCCGGAUGCAGGCCCCAGCCUAGACUUCCGCCGCGCAAUCCUCGUCGCCCUAGAAGGGAUAACCGACGAGCGCAAAGGCCGCGAAGCCGUGCUAGAACACGGCGGGUGGGAGGUCCUCGCGGCUGAUCUCCUCGAUAUUUUCACCUGCAGCAGCAGCUCCAAGCCCGCCCCCCCAGCCUCAGUCUCGGCCUCAGUCUCAGGAUCAGGGUCAACAGCCGAAGAAGAAGACAGCGCGCGCGGCGUGGAAAUAGUCCGCGUGCUCCUGCAGAUUGCGGAAGCGGAACAGCCUGGGCCGCGCGAGGCGUGGAUGGAUGUUGUUACGAGGGUUGCUGCGUGGGAAGUGCCGGAUGUGCCGGACGGGAAUACGGAGAAGCCGUCAAUUGUGGAGGAGUGUCAGGUGGCGGUGCUGCAGCUGGUUACCACGCUGUUGGCGAAUGCACAUGCGGGUAUGCGGAGACGGUAUGUGCAUUCGAUGAGUGCGGUCGUGGGGAUUGCGCGACAGUUGUUGGAGGGGGGAAAGGUUGAGGGGGAUGAGGGGUUGGAAGAGGCGUUGAGGGAUGUGGUGGAUACCUUGGAGGGGAUUAGGUGA